AUGGCAUCCCUAGCAACAAAAAUGCGCCAACUCGCACGUCUUCGAUCUACAAUAUUCGAUACUUCCUACAACCCAUCCUCCGCCCGUACAGGGGCAAAGUACAUCCGUCGCCGCUUGCUAGGGCCGGCGAUGGUGCGCUACUACCCGCAGAAAAUCGACAUGAAACUCGUUAAAGCCCUUGCGUGGGAUAUGGAUUUGCUCGACCCGGCGGAGGAGGAGAGAAGGGAGGAUAGGGAGAUGGAGAGGAGGAGGGGGAAGGGUGCGCCGAAGAAGUUGAAGACGAAAUCGGAAGAUGGACAGAAGAAUAAGAAGAAAAAGAAGAAAUGAGCGGUGGUGAGCGGUGGUGAGCGGUGGUGAGCGGUGGUGAGCUGGGAGUCAUUAGAGGGUAUCUGUGAGGAGAGAGUGAUGCUGAACAGGAGUCGAAAUCUCG